AUGCUCACGGCACUCCUCCUCGCGCUCGCCACUGGCGCAGCCGCAGUUCCAACGACUGCUGGCCCCGUCCACAUUGAGCUUCGACACCACGUCGACCACAGUCCCGGCCUUGUCAGCCGUGAGGACAGCUCCCUGCGGCUGUCCGCUGCCUCGGACCUGUACUCGAUCCCAUUCAUCAUCGGCACCCCCCCACAGAACGUUGCUGUCAUCGUCAGCACGGGCGUCAGCGACCUGUGGCUGCGGACCGGCGCGUCCUUCCAGUCGUCCAAGUCGUCCUCGUUCGUCUCCCACGGCGCAAACGGCACGACACCAGCGGAAACGGCGACGUUUGUGACUGUUGUCGGCACAGCGACCGGCACCAAUUCCACAGACAGGGUGACGGUGGCUGGUGUGACGACUUCCCAGUCAUUUGGGCUGGUGGAAGGCCCAUUCCCAGGCGUCAAGGACACGUCCAUCGCCGGUGUGAUGGGGUUCGGGGCCGCACCGCAGCUCGGGACCCCGCUCUGGAGCGACCUGGCUGCGAGCUGGGCGGUGAGGGAGUUUGGGCUGUAUCUCAGUGGCCUGGGCAGUGGAAUGACUCUUGGUGGGACAGAUACGUCAAAGUACUCUGGCUCGCUCACAUACGUCCCCGUCGUCAACGUCUCGCGCCUCGCAUGGGGUUGGAACGGCGCUACCUGGAUCGUCCCCCUGCAAGAGUUUAGCAUUGCGGGCCGGUCGACCAACCUCAUGGACCAUAUCGCCAUGAUCGACCCGGGCGUGUCGGUCAUCUACGGCGAGCCCGGCGCUGUGGCAGCGUUCUACGACCAGAUCAAGGGCUCGCAGCAAGGUGCCAACGGCACAUACACGGUCCCGUGCGACGACAUCCAGGCAGAGUUCAAGAUCGGUGGCGUGUCGUUCCCCAUCUCCAGCAGCGACCUCGUCAAGGGCAAGAGCGGACAGUGCACGGGUGCCGUCGUGGCGAGGGACACCAGCGACAUGCUGGGCGGCCGGUCGUGGGUGCUGGGCACGCCGUUCAUCAAGAGCGUGUACACGAGUUUCAAGUCGAACGACGACGGCUCGGCACAGAGCGUCGGCCUCGCAAGCCUCAACUCGGCCGUCAACGUCGCAUCGGUGGCGGGCGCAGCAGCGACCCCGGGGGCCACGGCUGGAACGAACAAUGCAAAGGUCAGCGGUGGACUGCACCUCGUUCCCGCGGCGCUGGUGUGGGGGUUGGGAUUGCUGCUGGCCAUGCUGUAG